AUGUCGAGACACCGCGUGAAGAAUGUCGGCUACGACGACGACGACUUCGAGGAUGAUGACGGUUACGACUCGCCCGAUCCCGAGGAGCAGGAGUUUCUGCAGCAGUGUACAGCUGCGGUCUUGGGACAGCUUCGCGCGGGGCAACCGUCGGUAACGGCCACAACGGAGGAAGUCCAGGAAGCGCUAUGGCAUUAUUAUAAUGAUAUCGACAAGGCCGUGAAUUAUUUGAGGGGGAAGAAAGAGAAAGAGAUUAAGAAGCAGCAAGCUCCGGCUGUGCAGAAGCCCAAGGCUCAGGCUGGUAAGUUGCUUGAUUCCGUUUCUUCGUUGGUCGAUGUGUCGUGGCUGGGCUCGGGAUACGAAAACACUCUGCGCGUUCCUCCCCAUGGUGAUGAUUUGCGCCGACGAAGCUCUCUUCCUCAAGAGCCAGGAUUCCCAGCGCCUUUACCUUCUGCUGCGCACUUUUCGGCGGCCGAUUUCUUCCGCGAUUGUCCUUGGCUCAAUGUCCCUGUCCACCGCAAGGCUGAUAUCCUUGUUGAACCGCUGUACCCACGGCUUGGACUGCUGGGUGGUGCACCUGAAUCUGGGGGGAAGAUGUCGAAGCUAGCCGCUUUGGCGGCAGCACGGAAGAAGAAGGAAGGCGAAAAGGCUGCUGCUGCUGCUGCUCCAGUAGCACCGGAAGGCCCAUCAACCCCGCAGGCUGAGCGUUUAGAGGCGCUAUCGCCCAAACCAUCGGGCACACCUUUGUCUCUGAGUGAGAGGCUUGCGGCCAGCAAGUUGUCGAAAUCCUCUGACACAAAUGGUGGACUACGCCGACUGGGAAAGCCGGGUGCCUCUGCUUCCUCGCCAGCUCGCCAGCAGCCAAAGCCUGAGGCUAGCAAACCUCCCCCUCCACCUCUUCCAGAACAAACGCAGAAAGAAGAGCCAGAAAUCAAGCCAGAGCCCGAACCGCCAAUCCCCACUAUUCGUGCUUCUCCAUCCACUUUUGCCAGUGUCAUCCUUGGCAACGCAGCAGGACCAACUAUGGCCGAGCCCAGUCACCUUGACUCGAACAACGUGGAUCUGCUUCAAAUCUACGGCCAGGACCAUGCUGAACCCUUUGACUUUGCAGCUCCCAGUCCCGAUGACGUGGUAUUGAAUGCGCAGAAUACAGCAAAAGGGUUCAAAUCCAAACCGGCUGCUAAGGCAGCUGGCGGUCAGAAGGGCCAGACCGAUCUGGCUGGGGGGAUGAAGGAUCUUUCCGUCGAGGAAAAGGUUACUGUGAAGAGCAAGAACCUAGAUGUCCUGGCGGAAUACAACAAGUCUACACGGAAGAAGUCGGCUAAUUUUGUGGUGAUUGGACACGUGGAUGCCGGAAAGAGUACACUUAUGGGGAGGUUGUUGGCAGAUCAAGGAGCGAUAGACCAACGUACGUUAGACAAGUACCGGAAAGAGGCCGAGAAGAUUGGCAAGGGCUCUUUUGCUCUUGCCUGGGUGAUGGAUCAGGGUUCGGAGGAGCGUGCACGCGGUGUCACUAUCGACAUUGCGACUAACAAAUUCGAAACCGAUACCACCGCCUUUACCAUCGUUGACGCACCUGGUCACCGUGAUUUCGUGCCGAACAUGAUUGCCGGCGCCAGUCAGGCGGACUUCGCGGUGCUGGUCAUCGAUUCGAGCGUGGGCAAGUUCGAGUCUGGCUUGAAGGGUCAGACCAAGGAGCAUGCUCUUCUGGUUCGAAGCAUGGGUGUCCAAAAGAUCAUUGUUGCCGUGAACAAGAUGGAUACUGUGCAAUGGGACACUGGGCGAUUCCAAGAGAUUGAGCAGCAGAUCUCGGCCUUCCUGACGACCGCAGGUUUCCAGCCCAAGAACAUUUCCUUCGUGCCUUGCUCCGGUGUGCUUGGCGACAACAUCACCCGGCGCAGCGAAGACCCGAAGGCUUCCUGGUACACCGGAAGAACACUUCUCGAGGAACUGGAAACCUCAGAGCCGUAUACUCAUGCAUUGGACAAGCCUCUGCGCAUGACGAUUGGCGAUGUGUUCCGCGGCGGUGUGCAGAACCCGAUAUCCAUUUCUGGCCGUCUGGAUGCUGGCAGUCUACAAAUGGGCGAUCAAAUCCUCACCAUGCCCAGCGGCGAGAGUGCCUUGAUCCGCAGCCUGGAAGUAGACGGCGAGCCCAGCGAUUGGGCCGUUGCGGGUCAGAACGUUGUUCUCAACCUGGCCAACAUCGACCCGAUCCAUCUUCGAUCCGGUGAUGUAGUCUGUCGAGCCUCGGCCCCGAUCAAAACCGUCACGAGCUUCACGGCCAAGGUCCUGGCCUUUGAACACUUGAUGCCCAUGCAGGUGGACGUGCACCGAGGUCGUCUACAUGUGCCCGGCCGCAUCAGCAAGCUCGUUGCUUCACUUGAUAAAACCUCGGGACUGGCGCUCAAGAAACGACCUAAAAUCGUGGCUCCUGGAACUGUGGCGCGAGUGGUGGUGGAAAUCGAUCAGGCUGUGCCCUUGGAGGCACCGACGAGGAUUGUUCUACGUGCUGGAGGAACAACGGUGGCUGCGGGGCUGUUGGAGUAA